AUUUUGGCAGAGCUGGCCAUGAUGUUAUGGUUCGUGGUUGGUGCCCUCUUCCCAGCGCUGCUCCUGGCCGCACCGCCCCCCAUCAACAAGCUCGCCCUCUUCCCAGACAAGAGCGCUUGGUGCGAGGCGAAGAACAUCACCCAGAUCGUGGGGCACAGCGGCUGCGAGUCCAAGUCCAUCCAGAACAGGGCCUGUCUGGGACAGUGUUUCAGCUACAGCGUCCCAAACACCUUCCCUCAGUCCACAGAGUCCCUGGUUCACUGCGAUUCCUGCAUGCCAGCCCAGUCCAUGUGGGAAAUCGUAACACUGGACUGUCCAGGCAACGACGAGAUCCCCAGGGUUGACAAGCUGGUGGAGAAGAUACUUCACUGUAGCUGCCAGGCUUGUGGGAAAGAGCCGAGCCACGAGGGAGCCCUGUUCAACGUCUACCUGAACGCGGAGGAGAACAUGCCUGCUGAAGGUCCCAGCCCCCAUCAUUAUGCCCACCACCACCAAGAGGUGGAAGAACCUCCCGCCUCCAGCCACCACCACCACGAGGAGGAGGGCGACGAGUGACCUGGCCCUCACGGACUGUCCUUGCAGGGGGU